GAGGAAGGGCCCGCCCCGCCGCGCCGCGCUGGAGAAAGGCCCUGCCGCGUCGCUGUUGGAGGAGUAAGGAGGGCGCGAUGCCGCUGUACGAGGGCCUGGGCAGCGGCGGCGAGAAGACCGCCGUGGUGAUAGACCUGGGCGAGGCCUUCACCAAGUGUGGUUUUGCAGGAGAAACAGGGCCAAGAUGCAUUAUUCCUACUGAAAUAAAGAAACCUGAUGUCACAAAGCCUAUCAGAGUUGUUCAGUAUAAUAUUAAUACAGAAGAGCUCUAUUCAUAUCUGAAGGAAUUUAUCCAUAUGCUGUAUUUCAGACAUCUGCUGGUGAAUCCCAGAGACCGUCGUGUUGUGAUCAUAGAAUCUGUCUUGUGCCCUUCACACUUCAGAGACACACUCACAAGAGUCCUGUUCAAGCAUUUUGAGGUACCUUCAGUUUUGUUUGCUCCAAGUCAUCUAAUGUCUCUCCUGACACUUGGGAUCAAUUCUGCCAUGGUUCUAGAUUGUGGGUACACAGAAAGUUUGGUGCUGCCUAUAUAUGAGGGAAUUCCGAUUCUGAGCUGCUGGGGUUCUCUUCCUCUGGGAGGAAAGGCUAUACACAAGGAGCUGGAGUAUCAGUUGUUGGAGCAGUGCACAGUUGAUACAGGAUUAGCCAAAGGACAAAGCCUUCCAUCUGUGAUGGGCUCAGUUCCAGAAGACAUAGUAGAGGAUAUAAAAGUUCGCACUUGUUUUGUGAGCGAUCUCCAACGUGGACUGAAAAUCCAAGCAGCUAAAUUCAACAUUGAUGGCACUGCUGAGCGUCCUUCACCACCUCCGGAUGUGGACUAUCCUUUAGACGGAGAAAAGAUUCUGCAUGUAGUUGGCCCUAUCAGAGAUUCCGUUGUCGAAAUAUUGUUUGAACAGGACAAUGAAGAGACAUCUGUGGCCACUUUGAUCUUGGAUUCGCUUGUUCAGUGUCCGAUAGACACCAGGAAGCAGCUGGCAGAGAACUUGGUAGUUAUUGGUGGCACUGCUAUGUUGCCAGGAUUCCUUCACAGGCUCAUGGCUGAAAUCAGAUACCUGGUAGAGAAACCAAAAUACAAAGAAGCACUUGCCACUAAAACCUUCAGAAUUCACACUCCACCUGCCAAACCCAACUGUGUGGCCUGGCUGGGAGGAGCCAUUUUUGGAGCACUUCAGGACAUACUUGGGAGUCGGUCUGUGUCCAAAGAAUAUUACAGCCAGACAGGCCGCAUACCUGACUGGUGCUGUCUUAAUAAUCCUCCACUGGAAAUGAUGUUUGAUGUUGGAAAAGCACCCCCACCAUUGAUGAAGAGGGCUUUUUCUACUGAGAAAUAAGAACCUACAUGCUACACAAGGAUUCUCCUCCUCUAUUUCAAGUACAUGUUUUGGGUUUUUUUGUAUUAAGUAAUCUGUGUGUAACACUAUUAAAUAGGAACAAUGUGGAUGUUUUCAGACAGUAUAUUGGUAGGUACUAACACUAUGUAAAACCCUAUCCAUUUUAAAAACAACUCUGGCAACUACUAUGCUGUUUAGUCCUGUUCUGGAGAAAUUCUCUAGUGUCAUGAGUUACAGCCUACUGAGUUGUUUGUUAUUUAUCUGUAUAAUAAAUUACGUUGCUGAGAGUAUUUGUUUUAAGAUAGUUUUAUUGUAAAUAUGCUUAGCAGAAAGAAGGACAGCCUACUGUGGAAACAUCUGGAAGUUUUUCUGGCAAAUUCUGUAUUAAAAUAUUCCACCCUUGAA